CCCCGCGCCUCCAAGAUGGCUGCGGAGCGUGACACGCCUGGUCACGUGGGGCGGCGCGCGCCGCGCCGCCCCCCCCCUCCCCUCCCGCCAGCCGCGCGCGCGCCCCCGGGGCCUCCGAGUGUUGUGACUCGGUCCGGUGCGUCCCGCCGCCGCCACCGGUUCUUAAAGGGGCAGGCACCUCCCGCGGCCCUCGGCCCGGCGGCUGCUGCCCCGGCCCGCCGGCGGCCCCGCCGCCCCGCGCCGCGGAAAACAAAGAGGCACCGGAAACAGCGGCGGCGGGGAGGGGGCCGGCCCGGCGGGGGGCGGGAGGCGGGGGGAGGGAGGGCCGGCGGCGGGGGGGGGGGGCAGGCCCGGGCCCGGCGUCGGCGAACAAAGAGCGGCGGGAGGGGGCGGGGGCGCCGCAGCGGCACCGGAGCGGCGGCCCAGGCCAUCGGUGCAGGAUCCAAGGUGCUGGUGUCUCACCCUGCCUGGAGCCUGAGGUCCCGUGUGCCCAUCCGCCUCCCGACGUCACCAAUGCGACCAUGGGAACUGGCAGUGAAUAGGCGGCCACCCUCUGCCCCUUUUAACCAGCGCCAUUUCUCGGGGGGACCCUGCAGCAGCCCCGACCACCUCCGGCGAAGCCCCCCUGCCAGGCGUCAGUGGGGACGACGCGACCGACCUCUGGCAACCCUGCUGGGCCAGGAUGAGCCCCAGCUGCACCCUGCCUUCCCCCAGCAGCCGCACAUCCCUGUAGAUGAGCCCCGUGCCUACGCUCUCCCCAGCACGCCGCCACGAAUGCUUCACCCGGCCACUCACCCGCCCCACCAGAACCCAUUCAUGGUGGAUCUGCAUGACCAGGUGCACCAGGGACCCGUCCCUCUCUCCUACACGGUUACCACCGUCACAACACAAGGCUUCCCCAUCCACACCGGCCAGCACAUCCCUGGGUGCAGCACCCAGCAGCUCCCAGCAUGCUCAGUGAUGUUCAGUGGACAGCACUACCCGCUCUGCUGCCUCCCGCCCCCGCUGAUCCAGGCAUGCGCCAUGCAACAGCUCCCUGUCUCCUACCAGACGUUCACCCCCAUCAUCUCGAGCGACCAUUACAUCCUGCACCCCCCUCCGCCGCCAGUGCCCCCCCAUCAGCCGCCCCACAUGGCCCCCCUGGGGCAGUUCGUACCUCUCCAAGCCCAGCACCCGCGCAUGCCUCUGCAGAGGAUAGACAAUGACGUGGACCUGCGAGGGGAGCAGCACCCCAUCGCAGGCUUCACGUACCCCCCGUCCCACCACGCUCCCACGCUGUCUCCCUCUGUGCCGCUGCAUUACCUCCCCCACGACCCGCUGCACCAAGAACUGCCAUUUGGCGUGCCAUAUCCCCACAUGAUGCCCCGGCGGCUGAACACCCAACGGUACCGGCUGCAGCAGGCGCUGCCCCCUCCGCCGCCCCCUCCGCCGCCUCCCCCAUACUACCCGAGCUUCCUGCCCUAUUUCCUCUCUAUGCUUCCUGUGUCGCCGACGGCCGUGGGGCCCACUAUCAGCCUAGACCUGGACGUGGAUGAUGUGGAGAUGGAGAAUUACGAGGCGCUGCUGAACCUGGCCGAGCGGCUGGGGGAGGCCAAGCCACGGGGACUCACCAAAGCAGACAUCGAGCACCUCCCAUCCUACCGCUUCAACCCUGAGAGCCACCAGUCUGAGCAGACCCUGUGUGUCGUGUGCUUCAGCGACUUCGAGGCCCGGCAGCUUCUCCGCGUCCUGCCCUGCAACCACGAGUUCCACGCCAAGUGUGUCGACAAAUGGUUAAAGGCAAACCGCACGUGCCCCAUCUGCCGGGCGGACGCGUCGGAGGUGCAGCGGGAGGCGGACUGAGGCCGAUGGGCGCUGUGCCACACAAUUCGCUAGAGGACGAGGACGCCGGGCCAGGGGCGGGGGCCACUGCCCGCUGCCAGGGCCUGACCCUGCGCUUACCCCAUCUCCCCAAAGCCUCUCCUUGGAUGUGGUGAGCAUUGAGCAGUCUGGGCUCCCGGCCAGCCCUCCUCCUCCCCCCCUGGGGCAUGGACUCGGCCGGACGCCUGCCCGCUGCGCUCCCAGGGCCCCGAAUCAUGUUGUGCUGGAGGCGGGAGGCGCGUGGCCAUGCCCUCCGCGCUCCAAAGACGCUGUUGUUGCUCCAUCACUUUCCGGGUCUUUGUACUCCGCUAGGGAAUUAGUGGGUUUUUUUUCCUUUAUAACUUUUUUUUUUUCACGGUAGGGUUCCCCCCCCCCGCCCCCCGUUGCCUUUCCUUUUCCGUCGUGUUUUUGGUUUCGUGGCCAUUUGACCCAGCGGCACGCAAGCGGCUCCUCCCCUCGGCGUUGCUUGCGGAGGAUACGCGGAGAGAGGAGAGAGUGCCGCAGGUUUGAUGCUGGCGGCACCCCGAGCUGGAGCGCCGGGCUGGCCCCGGGGGCAGCCAGAGGAGGUGGCCGGCGGAGCGCGGCCAAGGUGGGACACCAGCAACCCCGGGGCAGGAACGCCUCUGUCCCCGCUCCUGCACGCAGCCCGGUGUGGCCCCUCUCCUGCCUCGGCUGCCCCGGGGAGCCCCAGAAGGUUAUGGCUGCUUGGGGUCUUUUCCCGGUGGGAGGACGGUGCUGGCGCAGCCUCAGCCCCUCUCCUUAUUCGUUCCCCCGUACCCGGCCAGCACAGCUCCCGGGGCUGGGCCAUGUGGCAUCCCAUGAGGUGGCCAGGCCCGAGGGGGGGAUCCCAGCCCUGUCCCCACGGCCAUUGGCGUGUGGUGUCCCCAGCGUGCCGCCCAGCGUCCGGCUCCCGCUGUUGUUUCUCGGUCCCACCGCCAUAAUUGAAAUAGCCCCAUGCCCCCGUCCUGCUGGCUGGACGGCACGGUGCGGUGCCCCCAGCCGGUGGGCAGUGGGGGGCCGGCAGGGCUGUGGCAGGUGCCCCCUGGCCCCCGGAGUGGGGGGUUUUUAUGCAUAACCUCGUGGUGUAUUUUCAGUGCUACCCCUGACCCUGCCCCGGCUGGUGCGGGGGGAGCUGUGAGCAGCCCCCCCACUGCCACGGGUCCCCCUGCCCGCAUGGGGCCAAGGCGGGCGGGCGCCCUGUCGGCACGGUGCCGGGGGGGUGGGGGGAGAAGCCGCCGCCCAACUCCAGCAAUCCCGCGUGGCCGAAGUUGUUUUGCAUGAUUAAUUAGCGAGGAGGGUGACGGGAGGCAGUGUGGGGAGGGAGAGGACCGCCCUCCCCUCGCAGCGCGUGUUGCUGACGCCUGGGAGCCUCCGAGCGGACGCCAGCCCUAUGUAAAUGUUCACAAAUAUGCAUGCAUGUCUGACCAGCUUGGAACGUGGUCUUGGCUACGUCUAGCCGGCUGUGGGGUGAGGGGGGUGGGGAGAGGGGU